AUGAAGUGGAAUAUGAACGACAAGGCGGUUGAUCAAGAGGUGUUGCAGAUUUCGAUCGGUGAAGUUGGUAUCAUCGAUGAGGAUGCAACCGAUAGCGAUUAUGAAUACGAAAACGAUGAAGAUGGAGACGUCGUGAGACUGACGUCCCAGAAGAUUAUGACGAUACCCCAGAAGUGCAAGCGGUCAAAGAAGUCAACUUGGUCCGAUGGCGACUAUAUUUGCGAAAAAGCCGAAUUUUAUAAAGCCAUGGACUGGAUCCGCUAUAUGAGACACACUGUGCAGACUCUGGCGCUUCGGUACGCUGAAGGUGGCGAUACAAUGCUGGCGGUAAUGUACCUGACGAAAUUGUGGUUUGCCUGUUUUACGACCACGGAUGCCGAAAUUAAGCAAGUCAGUGAACUGUUGAUGUUGUGGGUUCGAAAUCUCGUCAAGUUUAACCGUAAAUGCUUAUCGGCAUUAGCGACGGCCAGAAUGAACACGAAUUCUGUAGACCGUUCGGCACAGAGAAUGCUUGAAAUCUAA